AAAAGGUUAUACACAGUUAAAGAGGGAAUAGGCUGAUUGAAAUUUAUUUAUUAACCGUCACUUAAAAUUAUUUAGACAAUCCUAGGCUUUAUUGUGUAGUGUAAUUGAAUAAUCAACAUUUGGUUUUUAUAAACAUUGUGGUACCGUAAAUAAAGCAACGUGUCCUAGGUUAGGCCGUUAAUGAAACAUGUUAGUUUCUUUGAAAUAACAUGACAGAGAGGAAAAUGUGCAAGUUUUACAAUUUAAACGUGCCUGAACGUCGAUCUGGGGAAGGUGGGCAAAACCACGGCCAUAAUGAUGAAGAUGAUAGGAACUAUGACGAAGCGGCGGCUCCGCCAGUGCCGCCGCACGAGCACAAGCUGGAGUUCUCGUACUGGAUGUGGUUCUCGCGGAGGCCGCCCGCCCGCGAGCUCUCUGCCUCCACCACUGGUUACGUUCAGGCGCUCCGUCUGGUGGGUCGGGUGGCGAGCGUGGAACAGUGGUGGGGGCUCUACACGCAUCUGGCGCGGCCGUCCGAGUUGCCGCCGCUGUCCGACCUGCACCUCUUCAAGCUGGGCAUCAAGCCCAUGUGGGAGGACCCCGCCAAUGUUAACGGUGGGAAAUGGGUUGUACGGCUACGUAAAACACAGACGGAUCGUGCGUGGGAGGACCUGUGCAUGGCGAUGCUGGGAGAGCAGUUCAUGGUUGGACAAGAAAUCUGUGGAGUUGUGCUUUCUGUACGAUUCCAGGACGACCACCUAGCGGUGUGGCACCGCACGGCGUCGGACACGGUGGCGGCGGCGCGCGUGCGCGACACGCUGCGGCGCAUCCUGCAGCUGCCCGCGUCCGUGCCCAUCGAGUACAAGGCGCACGGCGACUGCCUGCGCGCGUCGGCGUCGCGCGCGCCGCCUGCCGACGACGCGCACGACGCGGCGCCCACCUCGCCGCCGCCCUCCUAGCCGCGCCGCGCGCCCGCCUCCACCCGCUGACGGAUCACGACUCCUCCCGAUCUUCUGACCUUCAAGGAGCUUUCAUUUGUCUACGUGUCGUAGCCGUGACGAUAGUGGUGCACCGUCGGUACGCUUGUCGGCCGCCGCGGAUAUACUUUUUGUUUGCUCAGCCGUUCCGAUACUGUUUUGAGACCUGUGACUAUUCUUCUCUUCCUUUAUUUUGUUCACUAUUCAAUUGAUAAAUUAGAAAAUACUUUGUUAUAGUCGAAAGGCAACUGUCACCAUACUAGCUAGCAGAUUAUAUGUAUAGAUGAUAUUGUAUUGUUAACUGUGUAAACUGAGAUUUGAGUGCUGCACGCAAUAGUUCGCGUCGGCGUCUCACGGCCGGCUCGCCUGCCGAUGUACAUAUAGUCAAAUUCGAAGUAAAUAAAACAAAUUUGUGAAGCGUGUGGGGCCGUGAGACCGAGCGCGCCGUAUCGCCGCCACAUUGUACAGUGAAAAGACCCGGAUUUAAUAAUAAAAAUAAAGAAUCAGAAUUUGUAUACUUUA